UAGUUUGUCCUUAGUCUUAUUCGCAUCAGGAAUUAUACCGUAGAUACAGUUUUUAAAAAAAAAUAUUAAACGAUCGGAUAAUACACGUAUUUAAAUUCAUUCAACCUUUCAUAUUUCUUAUAAAUAGUGUUACCUACAUUUUCUUAAAAUUUAGUGAAGCGACAUUUUAACGAUCGAGUUAGAGAUUUUCUGACAUAACGAAAAUGAAAAUACACAAAACACAUGCCAACAUGAAAGAAGGAUGGAUUUAUUAACAAUCUACACCUCCUCCAACCGUUACUGCGCAGUAUAAUUUACUUUUUGUAAUGACUGCGUUACAUAUAUUCUGCAUUGUAGAACACUAAUAGGCCAUACCAACAGUAGGAGGCUAGUAGAGUAGAUCAUGGCGAAAGCACUCUCACUAUCCUACUGUAGAGUCCGAUACGAUAAGAUAAUUAAGAUUAAGAGGCAGUGCAACUUUACACAUAUAUCAAUGAUGAAGACGAGAUGUUGUCAAGAAGGUAAUCUCCCAGACUUUGGGAGCAGUGUGAUAUCUGAAAUAUCACAGAUAGAUCCUGAUUUAGAUAUUGGUGAAAGACUCUCAAACCCCAUGGAAAUUCAGAAUAAUAUUCAGGCACGAAAACUAGAACAUAUCAGCAUACAAAAACUGGCGAUCAAGUACAAUAGACUGAUGAAAUUAUCACUGGAGAAGCAGAGUCUAGAACAGGAGAGAAAGUCUUUAUCGCAGACAAUAAGAAGUAUGAUCAAAGAAAAGGAACAGAAGGAGGAAGUUGAAAAAUCAAAGGAAAUGGCCAGGGAACUAAGAGAAAGGCAUGACACAUCAGUGAAAUCCCUUCAGGGUAUUCAAAAUGAAGUCAGACUUUUGGCAUUUGGACUUCCCAAUGUGCUGAAUGAGAAAACUCCUGUAGAUAAUGAAGUCAUUUUAGAAACCCAUGGAUCUUUGGAAUUACACGAAGGGAGCAACUCCAUCUCUCACAUUGAUCUUGCUAAAAAGAGUGAUAUGAUAAAAUUCAGUUCAGCUGGAGACAGAGCAUUUUACUUUCUUGGAGAACUUGCGGAGACUCAGCAAAACCUGCUGUCAUAUUUCUCUGCCAGGAUUACUGAACACGGGUUCAUUCCAAUUGUGGCACCAGACUUCUGUAAAGACUUUGUCAUUGAAGGAUGUGGAAGAAGAAGAGACAUGGCUUAUAGAAUGCAGCAGCCCCAUGUUGAUAAAGAAAUACACUACAAUGUCUUAGGUGCUUCUGAAGCAUCAUUUGCAGCAUAUUUAACAAAGAUGACAGUUCCUCAGAAGGUACUUCCACUACAGUUAGUCUCAACCGGUCCAAGUUACGACUCAGUGAGUGUCUCAAAGUACCCUGGAUUGUUUACUGCAGCACAAACCUCAAAAACUAACUUAUUUGGAGUUUAUUCAACAUUGCAAGACUGCUAUGAAAAAUUUGAAGAGUUACAACAGCUUAUAGUGCAGCUGUAUAAGAACUUUGAUGUGCCAAUCAGAUUGGUGUUAAGUCCAGCUCAUAAGCUGAAAUUGUCUGAGGAGAUUAGAGCAGAAUUACAAAUGUGGACACCAAGUUUGCAAGAGUACUUGCCGGUCUAUGGCGAGGUGCUGGAUACCACAAAACUGAUAGCCGUGCUGGUAGAAUUCGGGUCCACAGAUAGAGACUCUAGUUACAGUCUCAGAGUAAACAUGGAGGUGGAAAGCACUACGUCACCGGAGAUGUCAGGGGAAAGAACUCUGUCAAGUUCUUAUCCACAAGAUGAUAUUCAUCACCGACUUAUGCCUGAACCACAAAGAGUUGAGUUUGAAGUAGACAUUGUGCAGAUCCUCCUGUUUUUGGCAGCUCUGGCAACAAGAAUGUGGAUGCUGGGUCAUCCUCGGGCUGUUGUGUUUGAUGAAUUGCAUUUUGCCAAGUUUGCUUUCUUGUACAUGAAGAGGAUAUUUUUCUUUGAUGUUAAUCCACCUCUAGGCAAACUCCUGUUAGCAUUAGCAGGAGGAUAUGGUGGACUGGGAAACAAUGCAGAUUUUGGUCAUAUUGGUGCAGAUUUCUCUCCGUCGUUCCCUGUUUACGUGAUGCGUCUGCUUCCUGCGGUGCUGGGAAGUCUGGUUGUUCCGUUGGUGUAUCAGAUCGCUGUAGAACUCCGCCUGUCUCGCUGGGCUGCUCUGCUGGCAGGGCUCUGCGUUGUUUUUGAUAAUGCUAUAUUAGUGCAGUCACGCUUUAUGUUGAUGGAAGGGAUGUUACUGUUCUUCAUGUGUCUAUCGCUGUACAGCUAUUUAAAGUUUAGAAAUUUAUCUCACAGAGAAUUUUCAGUGCAGUGGUUUUUUUGGCUCAGUUUAACUGGAGUCUCAUUUGCCUGCAGUUUGAGUAUAAAAUAUGUUGGUUUUUUCACUGCUGUUUUGAUAUUGAUGCAAGUAGCCAAAGAUUACUGGAAAAUGUUGGCAGACGUCACCAAAACAGAUCUGGGCCUGGUGAAACACCUGUUCAUCCGAGCUCUCUUCCUGCUCACUGUGCCAAUCAUCAGUUACUUGUUUAUCUUCUAUAUCCAUCUGUCUCUUCUCACCAAGGCUGGACCACAUGAUAAUAUCAUGACAAGUGCAUUUCAAGCUAGUUUAGAGGGAGGUCUGGCUGCCUUAACAAAAGGACAACCGCUCAGGAUAGCCUUUGGUUCUCAGAUAACACUGAGACAUACAAACUCUCUAUCUCCAGGGAAGCCAUGCUGGCUGCACUCCCAUGCUCAUGUUUAUCCAAUCAGGUAUGCAGAUGGGCGGGGCAGCAGUCAUCAACAGCAAGUCACAUGUUAUGUGUUUAAAGAUAUCAACAACUGGUGGAUCAUUAAGCAUCCAGACAGUAAUUUACUGGUUGUUGAUGAGCCUCCCAAACCUGUCAAACAUGGCGAUUUGAUACAACUUGUUCAUGGUAUAACUAGCCGUGCCCUCAACAGUCAUGAUGUGGCUGCACCGCUGACCCCCCAGAAUCAGGAAGUGUCCUGUUAUAUUGACUACAAUAUCUCCAUGCCAGCCCAGAAUUUGUGGAAAGUGGAGAUAGUCAACAGAAAGUCAGAUAAUGAGGCCUGGCAGACCAUCAAUAGCCAUGUCCGCUUACAUCAUAUGGGGACAGGACAGGCCCUCAAGUCCACAGGUAAGCAGUUGCCAGAUUGGGGAUUUUCACAGCUAGAGGUGACUACAGACAGAGUGACGGACCAACCCGCUACAGUGUGGAAUGUAGAGGAGCACAGGUACACCAAAAGUACAGACAAAGAGAGUCAAACUCGUGACAUGGCCCAUGCUGAGAUGAUACCCACAGAACCCACUCACCUGUCCUUCUGGACCAAGUUCCUGGAACUCCAGUACAAGAUGUUCAUGGCGAAGGGAGAUGUGGAGAUGGAGCACAAGUACAGCUCAGAGCCCAUACAAUGGCCCUUCCUCUCCAAGAACGUGGCCUACUGGAUGAGCCCACAUAGCAAUGAACAGAUCCAUCUGAUCGGGAAUCCUGUCAUUUGGUAUUCAGCCUUCUUGUCAGUAAUGGUGUACCUAGGUCUGUUCCUUCUGUAUUUAAUGAGGAGACAACGAGGAUUCUUUGAUCUCGAAGAAGAGGAUUGGACUCAAUUUGCAUUCUUGGGAGAACUUCUAGUGGGAGGAUAUUUACUGCAUUACCUCCCCUUCUUCCUCACAGACCGCACCUUAUUUCUCCACAGUUAUCUCCCUUGUGUGGUGUAUAAGAUAUUGGUGUUGGCAGCUCUCACAGAUCACUUCUAUUUUCUUACAAACAGGGUAGCAUACAUUCCAACUGUACUCACUACCCUCAUGUUAGGACUGGUGAUAGCCAUGCUGUGGGCUUUCUAUAAACUAUCACCAUUUUCCUAUGGAAGCACGAGUCUGAAGGCCGAGGAGAUCUUAGGGCUGAUGUGGAAAGACACUUGGGACUUCCUCAUUCGUGCCUCUGUAUCACCACCCCCACAGUAGGCCAACAGCAGAUUGACUCCAUGCAAUUUACAGAGAGAAUUUUAGAGAAUUGAAAGGUGCUCUACAUUAGGAGAUUUUGUAAAGUUUAAAGUGAAGAAUCUCUCGUCUACAUACAAAUACAUGCAGACCAUUCAUUCAGGCAACACGUGAGACAGAAUCAGUUAUCCACCUUUCACUUUGUCUUCAUUCUUUGUGGGACUGGCGCAGUGGGAAAAUACUACUCUAUAUAUGUGCAGAACCAGAGUUAGGGAGGGCGUUAGAGACACCUUUGAGAUUGGUCAAAUAUACAUAUUUUUGCCUAUUUUAUGCAGUUUCACUUUUAAUAGUGGAUCGCCCCUUUCAGAAAUAUUUCUUGAUCAUCACUUUCUGUUCAUUUGCUUUUCAUAGCGAGUGCAAUGAGCCGCUCUGAUGACUAAAGCUGAUGAAAAAGUCCAAGCUGAAGCUUCACUACAUAUUUUUCGUUUUCUUGUAAAUCAGAUAUCUUAGUUCCAUUGUUAGAGGUUGUGUCAGGCACACAACUUCCAGUCGUAAAAAACCCUAAUCCUGUUAGUCCAUUUCAAUUAGACCCCUAAAAAUGCUUAAGGUAGACCCCGGGAUCUUCUCAUAUACGUGUAGUUGUGCUUUCUUUAAUGGUUAUCAUAGCUCUGUCAACAUAUUAUUUAAUCCAAGUAAAAAUUUCUAAAUGGUUAUUUAAGGCAUUUAGAUUUUUAUUGAUGCUUUAUUGAACACAAUACUGUGAUUUUAUGUUUUGUGGAGUCUGAAUAUCAAAAUGUACAAUGAAUUUUCUCUUCAGGGACAAACUUGUAGACUGUUUGUAAUAUUCAUUGAAAAGUGUUGAUGAAAAUAGUCAAUGAUAAAAAGUAGGGACUCCACUGUGAUGAAACAUUAUUUUUGUAGCGCUCUAGCCAAGAAUUUGAAACCCACAUCUGAGAUUCACCUUAAGAACUAAGUGUGAAAAUUUCUCUGUUUCUAUGGCAAUUCAAAAACCAAUUGUGUUGUGUGUCACAGUAUGUGGUAGAGCUGUGUCCGUUAUGUUGCUUCAUGUAACACUGAAAUCAAAAAUAAGGAUCAUUAUCUUGUAUUUGUUUUACAAUUCAUAAACACACAUGCAUUAAAUUGCAUAGUUUUAGAAAGUUCUGAAAAAUAACUUCUGCUGUAGGAUUUAUGUAACUGUUUAAUAAUUUCCUUUGAUAGAAGUACUUUGCUACUUUCUAAUGUUAGAUGUCUUGUUAACAUAAUAGUAUUUGUAUAGAUUACUCAUUCCUAGGAACACAUUUUGACACUGCCUUUUUGUGAGUUUUCUAAACCAAAGUUGUGAUAUUUAUAUAUUUUUUUAAUACAAUUAGACAAUUUAUAUCAUGUGAAUAAAUUCAUUUAAAAAAAUGCAAAAAAA